AGCGAUGCCUGUCCCAAUCCCUCCACUGCUCCUUAGAGGACUGUCUGGACCCAGGUUCUGGCCAUGUCCCAGUUGGUAGAGUGUGUCCCCAACUUUUCAGAGGGGAACAACCAGGAGGUUAUCAAUGCCAUUUCCAGAGCCAUCACCCAGACCCCAGGCUGUGUGCUUCUGGACGUUGAUGUUGGACCCUCCACCAACCGUACUGUCUACACUUUCGUGGGGCAACCGGAGUGUGUGGUUGAGGGGGCCCUCCGUGCCGCCCGAACAGCCUCGCAGCUCAUCGACAUGAGCAAGCACAAGGGAGAGCACCCUCGAAUGGGUGCUCUGGACGUUUGUCCCUUCAUCCCAGUGAGGGGUGUCAGCAUGGACGAGUGUGUACUCUGUGCCCAGGCCUUUGGCCAUCGACUGGCAGAGGAGCUCAAUGUGCCGGUGUACCUCUACGGUGAAGCAGCUCAGAAACCCAGUCGCCGGACACUGCCGGCCAUCCGGGCUGGGGAAUAUGAGGCCCUGCCUGAGAAGCUCAAGCAGGCUGAGUGGGCACCUGACUUUGGCCCGAGCUCCUUCAUCCCCAGCUGGGGUGCCACAGUCACAGGUGCACGGAAGUUCCUCAUUGCAUUCAACAUCAACCUGCUCAGCACCAAAGAACAGGCCCACCGCAUUGCCCUCAACCUGAGGGAGCAGGGCCGAGGGAAGGACCAGCCAGGGCGUCUGAAAAAGGUUCAGGGCAUCGGCUGGUACCUGGAUGAGAAGAACUUGGCUCAGGUGUCCACCAACCUCCUGGACUUUGAGGUCACACCACUACACACAGUCUACGAGGAGACUUGCAGAGAGGCACAGGAGCUGAAACUUCCCAUAGUAGGCUCGCAGCUGGUGGGCCUGGUGCCUCUGAAGGCCCUGCUGGAUGCAGCAGCCUUCUACUGUGACAAGGAGAAUCUGUUUGUCCUGGAGGAGGAGCACCGGAUCCGGCUGGUGGGCUGUGCUCAUGUGGUGAACCGACUGGGCCUGGAUUCACUGGCACCCUUCAACCCAAAGGAGAGGAUUAUCGAGUAUCUGGUCCCUGCUGGUGGCCCUGAGCAGAGCCUGCUGGACAAGUCCCUGCGCACCUUUGUUGGGAAGGUGGGCGCCCGUUCAGCUGCUCCCGGUGGGGGCUCUGUUGCAGCAGCCACUGCAGCCAUGGGUGCAGCGCUGGCCUCUAUGGUGGGCCAGAUGACCUACGGGCGACGCCAGUUUGAGCACCUGGACUCUACCAUGCGGCGACUUAUCCCACCCUUCCAUGCUGCCUCUGCCCAGCUGAGCUCAUUGGUGGAUGCUGAUGCCAAGGCCUUUGCUGCCUACUUGGAGGCCAUGAAGCUGCCCAGGAAUACACCCGAGGAGAGGGAGAGGCGCACAUGUGCUCUACAGGAGGGGCUGAGGCAGGCAGUUGCUGUGCCAUUGACACUGGCAGAGACCGUGUCCCAGUUGUGGCCUGUACUACAGGAGCUGGCCCUGUGUGGGAACCUGGCCUGCCUGUCUGACAUGCAGGUGGCAGCCAAAGCCUUGGAGACUGGUGUGUUUGGUGCAUACUUCAAUGUGCUCAUCAACUUAAAGGACGUGACUGAUGAUGUGUUCAAAGAGCAGAUCCGCCUUCGAGUCUCCAGCCUCCUGCAGGAAGCCAAGACCCAGGCUGCACUGGUGCUGGACAAGCUAGAGGUCCGGCAGGAUUGCAGCCAAAGAGACCUCCCCUGAUGGAUGGUGAAAGUCCCAGUGGUCUCUUACCCAUCUUAAGGGGCCCAGGCCUUGAGUACGGGUGGGGAGACUUGGGCAUGAUCUUUGCAAUAUCAGGAUGGGGCUCUACACACAGCUUUCCAUAUGGGAUCAGAGGAUGCCAAGAGGCAAUGUGGGGUAAUAGGGAGGGGAUAAGACCUGUUUGGGGUCUCCUGCAGGUAUGCAGCCUGCCGCCUUCUGUUACCUGCAGUUUCCAGUAAAGCGUGAGCACAAAC